AUGUCAGACCCCAUUCCAUCAGCCACAGCCGAUCCAAGCACCGUCGACCAAACGACCCCAGCAAAUGCCGAAGACCGCAAAGCGGCCGCCGCUCUCUCCUCCCUCCAUACAAAUGAAAUCAGCUCGGGAGCCUCCUCCGGGAAGACGAAUAAUAUCAACCAAGAAGCUUUGGGGAAGGCUAUGAGUCGGUUGGAGAUUUCUGGACAAGAUACUAGCAAGAAGGGCACUGGGCAUGCACAGAAGGUCGACGGCGUUGCAAAAAAGCAAGUUGUGAAGGUCGCUCCGGCUGAUGUUGCACUGCUGGUGGAUCAGUUGGAACUGACCAAGAUGAAGGCUACGGAACUGUUGAAGGCUCAUGAUGGCGAUGCGGUAAAGGCGAUGACGGCGUUCAUCUCGCCAUCUAUCCGUACGUAA